AUGAGCAAACUCGAGACGGCGCUGGGUAUCGUCAAGAGGUUGGAGAAGCAGCGGGUCCAACAGCCUCACCAACAAGAAGACGACCUCGCCAAACAGACCAAAACGUCGCCGAAAGUCUCGCAAUUUUUUUCCGACUCCCACAACAACAUCCUGCAGCAGAAACUGCACGUGAAAAGCGGCUCGAAAAUCGACAUCACCGUGGAGGAUUUCGAGAAGGAAAACCACAAGAAAAACGAAAAGUGCGCGAGCUUGCCGCUGAAAAACGCGUUCGAGGCCAAAAUGUCGCCGAGUCAGAGCGUAGACUCGGGGAUUGGCAAGCCUGUGAGUCCACGGUCGGGGGAUUCCCACCCACUGAUAAACAGGGACGUCAGUUUUACGUACGGCGGGACCAGGGAGUUGAAAAACAUAAAAACCCUGAGAAACGUCGCUAGGAGUACAAGUCACGAUUUGCUAGGAAAAUAGUUUGUUUUUUCAGUGAUUUUUUGUAUUCAAAAUGUCGCUUCAUAGUGUGAUAUUAUUUUUAGUU